UAUUAAUAAUGUCAUAUUCACAAGUUCAAUUUAGUGACAUGUAAUCAACGUUCAUUAGCAACUAUAUGGAGAUGGAAGAGCCUGUACAAGAGAAAGAAUAGUAGGGGAAUUGGUGCCAACGUACAUUUGGUCCACUGAAAAAAGGUGGAAUAAGAAUGAGUAUAAUCAGUUUACUCGCUCCAUGCUUAGGUGUAGGGAUGUUAGGUUUACCAUGUAUAUAAAUUGAUUGUAUUUAAGAUAGAGCUAAAGAAUAGGGACUUAUAAUAGAAUUAGUGCUAAUUGCACUUUGUGGAAUAAUCUCAUGUAUAUCAAUGCACAUUUUGAGUUGGAGUGCAGGUGACUUAUAAUGUUCAUCUUUCAGCGAAUUGAUAUAAAUGAGUUUAGGAAAUAAGAUGAAGAGACUUUUUGAAAUAUUAACUAUCUGUUAAUGUUUAUUGGGAAUAACAUAAAUCUAGAUCUCUUUUCAAUUAUUUAUUUAUGAACUUUUCAAAUAUUUUGAGAUCACAAUUGACUAGAGAGAAUUGGCUAUCAUAACAUAACUAUUAUUCAUUAUUCCAAACCUUUUAAUUUCUUUUCAAAAGACUCUUUAUAGAUUAAGAUAUUUUUCAUUAAUUGGAGUAAUAUCUGUUAUUUAUAUAACCAUUCUUACAUCACUUGAUUAUUUUAUAAGAGGUUAAUAUAAAGAUAACAUUACACUCAAAUUGAUAGAUAUAGAUUUUAAUAUUUUUACAACUUUUGCAAUGACCUUCUUCUGUUAUUUAUGUCAUUUAUUUAUAUUUCCAAUUAGAAAAGAAUUACACAAUCCAACUAUCUAGCGUUAAUCUAAAAUAUGGAAAAGAUAAUGUUUAAUAUGUUACAUAAUUUAUUCAUUAAUUUGCAUUUGUGGAUAUUUAAGAUUUGGAGAUGAUACUUAGACUUGGGUUAUCAAUAACUAUCAUGGAGAUUUCUUUUUUAUUGGAAAAUUAGGAAUGUCAUUUGCUUUAUUCUUUGCGGUUCCUUUAAAUAUAUUAGCAUGUAGAUAGAUUAUUCAUGAUAUGCUAUUAUCAGAUGAAAUGGAAUAUUAACUUAAACAUAGAAGUUUAAGAAUCUAAGCUCAAGAUGGUAAAAUCACUUUUGAAGUUGAUAGUGUUGAUUCUUUUAGAUCUAAAAUUCAUAUCUAUUCUACAUUAAUACUUCAAUUUGGUAGUGCUAUACUUGCUCUCAUUUUACCUAAUAUUAAGUAAUUUCAUUAUUAUCAUAUUUAAAGCCGCUACAUCACUUUAUUAGGAGGACUUUUAGGUACAACUAUGGUCUGUCUGAUUCCGGUCUUGAUCUAUUUGAGAGAAUACAGAGAUAAAUUGAAUUACUACAUAGUUAUUUUAGAGAUUAUGGGAGUUGUAUUUGGUUGGAUAGGAGCUCUAUAUGGUUAAUUUUGA